UUGAGGUCAGGCUAUUCUUGCCUUUGCACGUGGCAUUUCAAAGGGCUACAGAUUAGUUGGUGCAGAGCAGCCCUGGGUGAGUUUCCAGGGGCUUCUUUUGGGAAGAAGCUGAGCUGCCAGAAAAAGGAGAAAACAGGAACAAGAAGAGUUCAGGGAGACACAAUGGCAGAAGGCAACCCAGUCCAGAACCUCUGCGAGGAAACAACAUGCCCCAUCUGCCUGGAGUACUUCAAAGACCCAGUGAUCGUAGACUGCGGCCACAAUUUCUGCCAAGCAUGCAUCACUCGGGCCUGGGGGGAACCUGACAGAGAUGCUUCUUGCCCCCAGUGCAGGGAACCUUGUCAGCAAAGGAAUGUCAGGCCCAACCAGCAACUGGCAAGCAUUGUGGAAAUAGCCAAGAAAUUCAGCCUUCAGAUGGCCAGAGGGGCUGAAGCGCUGGGAAGGUUUUGUGAGAGACACCAGGAGCCCCUGAAGCUCUUCUGUGAAGACGACCGAGCCCCCAUCUGUGUGGUGUGUGACAAAUCCAAGGAGCACAGGGACCACAAGGUGAUCCCAAAGGAGGAGGCCUUUGAAGCGUAUCAGGGUAAAAUCCAGGGUCAUUUGGAAUUCCUGAACAAACAGAAAAAGGAAAUUCUGGCUUCUAAACUGAGUGGGGAGGCUGAAAGCCAGAAGCUGCUGAAGCGGACGGAAUCGGAGAGGCAGAAAAUCAUGGCCGAUUUCAAGCAAUUACACCAGUUUCAGGAAGAACAAGAGCGCCUCCUUCUGGCUCAACUGAAGGAACUGGACGAUGGGAUUAAAUCCUGUGGGGACCAACAUAUUGCAAAACUCUCUGAGGAAAUGACCUCUAUUGAUGACCUUAUUAAGGAGCUAGAGGAGAAGCAGAAACAGCCAGCGACUGAAUUCUUGCAGGUAAGAGUUGGCACAAUUAAAUAUUUCAGGUUGUCCUGCAGGGAAUGGUUGUACCCACAAUCACUCUGUCUGUUGCUUUAUAGAAGUAUUCAUAGUAGGGAUGUGCACUGGCCACACAUUUUGUUCAAAACUGUGAUUUGGAGCUUCAACAAACGAGUCGUGAUUCAGGAUAUCAGAAGCAUCCUGCAAAAGUACGUGGCUUUGUUACGCACAGUGGGCUGA